AUGGCUUUGAGGAUCUUCAUCACCGGCGCAACUGGCCUCAUCGGAGGCGAUUUCUUACACAUACUCGUGGAAAAACAUCCGGACUGGGAGAUCGUCGUUCUUGUCCGGAACGUCCGCAAGAUCAGUUUGCUCCGAACUAACUAUCCAACCGUUGAGAUUAUCCCAGGGUCGCUGGAUGACGUCGACCUGCUAGAGCAGGAGAGCAGCAAAUCUGAUGUUGUCCUAAAUUUCGCCAACUGCGACCACCUCCCCGCUGCAGAAGCCAUCAUCCGAGGUCUGGCCCGGCGUAAAGAGCAGGGCACGGUAACUCACACCUCCGGCGCCAAGAUCAUCGCCUGGGAGAUGGAGUCCCAGCCCUCGAACUGGGGCCAGCUGAUUCCGCGCUACUACAAUGACCUCGAGGGCGUCGCGGAGCUGACCAGUCUGCCAUCCGCCGCCGAUCCCGAGCCCACCGGCUACGACCACGUGCUGCCCAACUGGGCGGCGCAUCGCGACGUCGACAUGGCCAUCCUGCGCGGCCGCGAACACCCCCAGAUCCGCACCGCCAUCGUCUGCCCGCCGACCGUCUACGGGCCCUCGCGCUUCCCCGGCUUCACGCGCUCCAUCCAGGUGCCCCGGUUGCUCAACGUGAUGCUCCGCCGCCGGAGGGCGUUCACCAUCCACGGGAAUGAGAACCGAUGGCACAUGGUGCACACGCAGGACAUUGCGCGGAUGUACCUGUUACUGACGGAGGCGGCGGUAGACGAGCACUCCCCAAGGGAGCUGUGGAACGAGCACGGGUACUAUUUUGCGGAGAAUGGCGAGUUUGCGUGGGGGGAUGUCACCCGGCGACUGGCGGAGUUGGGGUACCAGAGGGGGUGGCUGGACUCGCCGGAAGCCGAGGAUCUGCCCAAUCAUGUCGUGCAGCGGUUCUGGUAUGGCGGCCAGAUGAAUGUGAGUUCCACGAGUUUGGGGGUCGCGCGCCGCGCCCGCGAGAUGCUGGGCUGGACGCCCAUGGAGGCGGAUAUCUUCUCCGAUCUCGAGCGUAUGUUGGAUGUGGAGGCUACGUUGUUGUGGCUGAGAUCAGAGGCUGGGUCUCCGAUUUGA